UUAGUGUGCGCUUAUAAAUAGUACCGUCCAUUGGGAGGAGACCUUAGUUGUCGAAUCGCGUGCCGUGCGACGUUUGAAUAGCACUUCAAACCGUUCGAAUAUCUAAAACGAAAUGAUGGCCCUACGUUUGGCUAUCCUCUUGGCAGUAUGCCUUGCAGGCGUGCUAGCUGGCACCAAGCAGCUGGAGCUGCAGCCACCGACAACAUAUGCGUCCGAGAACUGGGAAUACAGACUGUCGACCAUUAUCAAUCCGGUUAACUACAAUAUUACGCUGCGACCAUAUUUGCUGGAGAGCGAUAGUGAUGCAAAGCGUUUUACUUUCGAUGGCGAGGCCUUUAUUGAGAUCGUACCAACGGUGACCACAAGAACCAUCUCUUUGCAUUCGAAGAAUCUGACGCAUAUACUCAACGAAUACUGGUUGAAGCCUGCAGCGGGUGUAACGCCCACUAAAAUAGCCCUGACUCUGGCUAGCCACAAUGAUGAAACCGAUAUCAUGAAUUUAACUUCAACGACAGAUCUGGUGGCCAACACAGCCUACAUUUUGCAUUUCAACUAUACGGGUCUUAUGCAGGACGACAUGCACGGAUUUUACCGCAGUUACUACACAAACGAUAACAACGAGACUAAAUGGUUGGGAUCAACACAAUUCCAGACGCACCAUGCUCGCCGAGCAUUCCCCAGCUUCGAUGAGCCCCGAUUCAAGGCUACCUUCGAUGUGACCCUCGUUCGUCAUCGCUCCUUCAAUAGUGCUAGUAACACAAGGCUCGCCAUCUCCUCUCCCAGCACUGAAGCCGGCUACUUUGUGGAUGUGUUCGAGACAACGCCUAAAAUGUCCACUUACUUACUGGCCUUUAUCAUUUCCGAGUUCACCAUUCGCAAGGAUGAUAACUUUGGAGUGUUGUCCCGUCCCGAGUUCUAUGGACAGACUCAAUACAGUUUCAAUGUCGGCCGUCAGAUUCUCAGCGAGAUGGGCAAAUAUUUGAAUCUCGACUAUUACUCAAUCGGUAACGAUAAGAUGGAUAUGGCUGCAAUUCCUGAUUUCUCUGCCGGUGCCAUGGAAAACUGGGGUCUACUCACCUACAGGGAACGCAGUCUCCUGGUCGAUGAAUCAGCCACUACUCUGGCAUCGCGUCAAGCAAUUGCCGCCGUUGUGGCCCAUGAGCAAGCGCAUAUGUGGUUCGGUGAUCUGGUCACCUGCGAAUGGUGGAGCUACACUUGGUUGAACGAGGGCUUUGCACGAUUCUUCCAAUACUUUGGCACUGCUUUUGUCGAAACCGAAUGGGAGCUGGAGAAGCAGUUUGUUGUUGAUCAAAUCCAAGCAGUCAUGGCCAUGGACUCGACCAAUGCCACCAAUCCUUUGAGCGAUCCUAAUACCUAUACCCCCGCCCAUCUGAGCCGCAUGUUUAACAGCAUCUCCUACAACAAGGGUGCCUCAAUCAUUCGCAUGAUUGAACACACCAUGGGUACGGCUAACUUUCAGAAAGCUCUGCAGGAAUAUCUUGUCAAAAACUCUCUUCAAUCAUCGGUUCCUGCGUACCUGUUUGAGUCGUUCCUUGCUCAGUGGCCUCAAGAUAGCUUUAGCAGCAGCGCCGAAUAUAUCUUCUACAACUUCACCACACAGGUGGGAUAUCCUGUGAUUAAUGCAGAGCUCGCGGCCGAUGGCAAAAGCGUCGCUUUUACUCAGAAGCGUUUCCUGCUUAAGGAUAACGAUGGUGCCGAUGCUAACCUGAAGUACACAGUGCCCAUUAGUUAUACCACAAGCGAAGAGAAAAACUUCAAUGAUACCAAGCCCAAGUUUGUGUUGUCUGAGAAUGCGACCACCGCAUACAAUGUAACCUUCACCAAUACGGUGAGCUGGGUCCUUGCCAACAUCCAGGAGACUGGCUACUAUCGUGUUAAUUAUACCGAGAGCAACUGGCAUGCAAUCCACCAUACACUUAUCGAGAGCAACUGGGGCGGUAUUCAUGAAAUUAACCGCGCCCAAGUGGUCGACGAUCUGCUCAAUUUGGCUCGUGCUGGACACAUCAACUACACCCUGACUUUCGAUGUGCUGGAAUACUUGGAAACUGAAACCAAUUACAUUCCAUGGACAUCGGCAUUCAAUGGCUUCAGCUACCUGGCCAUACGCUUGGGCACAGAUAUCUCUGAUUUCAGCGCCUACAUCCAGCAGUUGACCAACAAGGCAUACAAUCAGUUGGGCUUCGCUGAGACCGCAACGGACAAGGCACUCGAUAUUUACUUGCGCACCAAGGUGCUCUCCUGGUCGUGUCGCUAUGGCAAUGCUGAUUGCAUCAGCAGUGCUAAGAGCUACUUUAACUCACUGGCCAAUGUUCCCAAGAACAUUCGCUCAGUGGUCUAUUGUGUGGGCUUGCGUGAAGGUGGCGCUACCGAAUUUGAGGCACUGUAUCAGAAAUUCAAGACCGAAACGGUUGCCACCGAGGAAACGCUGCUGCAAACCUCUUUCGGUUGUGUUAAGAACCAGACCCUAAUCGAAAGAGUUUUCGAUCUCGUAAUCUCUGAUGAGAUCCGCAGACAGGAUAAAUCUGCUGUGCUCAGCACUCUUUACACUGAGAACAAUGAAAAUGUUGACCCUGUCUUUAAAUUGGUCACCGAAAAAUACGACGCAUUGGCCGACGCCAUGGGUGGUUACUCCGCAGUGGCUACUGUCAUUUCCAACAUUGCCGCUCGUUUCACCGAACAGUCGCAGCUGGACUCUUUGAAAACAUUCAACACAGCUAACAGUGCCAAAUUUGGCACCUCAGCCGCUACACUGACUGCAGCUGAGACAACCGUUAGCGAGAACUUGGUCUGGGCCGAAUCGAAGCUGGGUCUCUUCCGCACCUAUCUGUCAGAGCGCAACGGCAGCGCCAUGAUCAGCGCCUUCAGUCUCCUCACCGUGCUGAUGGUAUCUAUUACCACAUUGCUGCGCUAGAGCUAACCACGUUAAUUAUAAACUAGAUUAGCCAAUUGCCAGACGCCAUUGUGCAAUUGUCCAAUAACAAGUAUUUGUACACUUAGUGCCUUUACAAAGCCAAUAAAAUAUCCAGAUAAGAUGGCAUUGGGAAUAAACUACUCGUAUGUCGCAUAAUAAUAAAAUUCGCUUUAUCUGUA